CGGACAUCUAACUAGAUGCACAGUAAAAACAUGGCGGCUAACAUAGAGCAAAUUUUUCAAGAUUUCAUCUUGAAAAAAAUCAAAGAAAUUGAAGACCAGAAUGAUGAUAAGCCUGGUGCUGAAAGAGUGGAUGGUGACAGCGACACAGAGGAAGCAGAAAAAAAUUAUUCUCCAGAGAGAGACAGACACCGCAGUGGUUCACAAAAGAGACAAAAGAAGCACAGAAAACACAAAAGUAAGAAGAAGAGGAGGAAUCAGGAGAAAGAGAGCAGUUCUGAGUCUGGACCAGAAAAGGAGAGAGAAAGGAAACACCAGACAAGAAGUGGAACACCGAUAUCGGAGAGCAAGGAGCAAGGUGAGGAUAAUGGCAGUAAGUCGAGGUGCCACAAGCAUCACUCCACGGUAAAGAAAAAGAAGAAAAAGAAGAAGAAGAGGAGAAAGAAAAGUGAAGACAACACGUCAGAUUCUGACUCUGAAUCUGUAUCAAAGCAGAGGGAUGCUGCUUGUGGUCAAAGCUUAUCGCUAAGACGACAAGAGGAGCUGCCGGACAUAAUUCCAAAACAGGAAAGCUCCAAUAAAGGAAAAAGAAUAGAGGAAGCACAAGGGAGGAGAAGUUGUUCACCGCCACAUUCCUGUUGUCAUUCAAAUUCCUUGACGUCUGCACACCACUGCCCAGGACUGAGUCCUCACUCCGAGUCCAAUUCACAGUGCCACAGGACCCGCUCCAAUUCCUCUGACAAGAGAGAUUUGGAUGAGUCCAUGCAGUCCAACCUGUGUCCUUCAAAGCAUCUUCAGCCACCUGUGCAUGCCCUCAGCCUUAAUCAAACACACAUCCAAGCAGAAGAGACGGCCAAGUUAAGAUUUGAAGACCUACAGGGCCCUGACCAAAAGGAGCUGGCGUCAGAAAAAAUGGAAAAACAAGCAGAAAAACAAGCUACAGGUUCUGGGUUGUCCGAGUCCACGUCCACUGAAUCUGAAAAGCCCCCCGAGUGUGACCUCCGUCAGUGUAAACCAUCAGACACCCCCAGCUCAUCUCACGCUAGUGUUAAAUCACCAACAAGAAAGAGAAGAAAACAAUCCAAGUCUCCACAGAGGAGCCGAGAACGAAAGUCAUCAAAGAAGAAGAAAAGAUCCAAAUCACCGUACAGGAGCUACAGGAGGAGAUCCAGAUCGAGGAGUCCCUCAGUGAGAAAGAGAUCACGAUCAAGGUCAACAGACCGAAGGUCACGGAGGUCACGCUCUCGGUCAGCGUCCGGCAGCCGGAGGAGGGCCACGUACAGCCAGAGGGACCGCUGGAAACGUGAACCGAGCCACUCCCCUGUUCUCAUCCUCCGCAAAAAUAGAUCCCCUUCACGAAAAAACAGGAGCCGGAGCAACAGCCCACACCGCAUCAGUGAACUGGAUAAGGAGCAGUUGUUGGAAAUUGCCAAGGCCAACGCUGCUGCGAUGUGUGUGAAAGCUGGGAUGCCCAUUCCCGCCAGCCUCAGGUCCACGGUGCUUCCCCUGACUCUGCCAAGCAUGGCCAUGAAUGCUGCCAUGGCCAGUAUGACUGCUGCCACCGUCACAGCAGCACUGUCUAACAUGGGGACCCUGACUUCGCUGCUCCCUCUGUCCUCCAUUAACAACAAGCUGCCUCCCCUCCCAACUCAGACCAAUGCUGCUUCUCUGGAGGAGAUGAAGAAGAAAGUAGCAAAACAGGCCAACAGCAUCAGCAUUAAGGAGUUUACUGACAAAUGCAAGAUGAUUGUGGACAGUGCAGGAGAGCUGCCAGUGGCAGCGCCUCAUGUUUCAGAUGAGGAGGAUGAUGACAGACCUUUUGGAGGAGCGGCCAUUCGAGAGCAGAAAGUCAUCAACUUCAACAUCAAUAACACCACGGUUCGUCCGUCGGUGCGCAGUGAUGCCGGCAUCGCCAAAGAGUUUCCAGUGUCCUCAGGGUCACAGCAUCGUAAGAAGGAGGGAGAUGGCCUGGGCGCCUAUGGAGAGUGGAUUCCAGUUGACAAAACAACUGACAAAACUGCAGCUGCUUCCAGAAAGGCCCUGACAAAUGUUCCCAUAGCAACGUCCACCUUAUCAUCAGCUGAUACAGCUGCAGGGUUACCAGAUGUUGAACAGCCAGUCCCGGUGACAGAGAACAGUGUUUUUCCUGAUGCACCACAGCAGCCUGUAGACAUCACUCAGGCUGUCACUGAAAGAAUCAAAGCUCAGAAGCGACUUGCUGAGAACCCAAAUGAUAUCAGCGCCAUCUGCAUGCUCAGCCGGGCACAAGAGCAGGUGGACGCAUGGGCCCAGUCCAGUUAUGUUCCUGGUCUUUUCACUGGUUCUACUGGAGCUCAGGUCCUCAGUUCUGAGGAGCUGUCUACAAGUGGGCCACAAGCAUGGCUGAAAAAGGAUCAGUUUCUCAGGGCAGCUCCAGUUUCAGGGGGCGUGGGAGAGUUCCUGAUGAGGAAGAUGGGCUGGAGGACAGGAGAAGGCUUGGGGAGGAACCGUGAGGGAACGGUGGAACCAAUCGUCAUCGACUUCAAGGUCGACAGAAAAGGUCUGGUUGCUGAAGGAGAAAAACCACAGAAGCAAACAGGAGGACUGGUUGUAACCAAGGACCUAAUGGGGAAGCACCCGGUUUCUGCUCUCAUUGAGUUAUGUAACAAGAAGCGAAUAAUUCAGCCAGAGUUCGUCAUGGUUCAUCACAGCGGUCCAGACCAUCGCAAGAAUUUCCUCUUUAAGGUUACAGUGAACGGUGUUGACUACCAGCCCCAGACAGCCAGUCCCAACAAGAAACAUGCCAAGGCCAUGGCAGCAACAGUGGCGCUGCAGGCUCUUGGAGAGGUUCCUGUCGACGGACCAGGACUCUACACUGGGCCGGUUUUCACUGCCGCUUCCACGGGCCCACUUUUCUCUACAUAGACGUCCAGACAGUAUCUGAACUUUUGAGCUGACUUUUAUUUUUUCACUGCAGCAGAAGUCGGUGAAGCACAUGAUCUUUACAACAGCUCCUGCAGAGUGAUCAGAUCUGAGCCAUGGUCAGCUCCGUCUGCUCUUUUAAAUGAUUAUUAAACAACAUAUUAUCAGGUGUACCUCGCUGGAAUACGCUCCAGCAUCCCCAUGACCCUUAAUUGGACAAAGCAGUAUGAAAAAUAAUGAAUGAUAUUAUCAGUAAAAUUUAGAAAUCUUUCCAUCCUUUUUUAUUCUGGUAGCUGCUUUAUUGAGAACAAAGUCUGAUCUGACAGUGAGAACCAUAAACCCUCUCGAACUGAAUCUACUUUUUUAGGAUCCAUCAAUAAAAAGUGGAUGAAGUGUGCAUGUACUGUAUGUAUGUAAGCUACGUAUGUAUAUAUGUAUUAUUUGUAUAGUAGCAAUUUAUCCUUAUAACUAUUAGUUGACCAAUACUUUGGUCCAACCCAACGCAGACUCAAGUUUCUCUCUGAUCUGGUUGUUGGUGUCGACCCAGUCGAGUGAUGCUGGUCUUGAAGUUUAGUUAUCGAUGUUGACUGGUUAUCUUCUGUCCUUCGUCUUCAUCUUACAGCUUCAACUUGCCUUCUUACAAAAUUAUUCUUCUGAUACAAGGCUGGUAAAUUUCAAGCAUAGCCUUCUUAAAUAUGCAAAUGGAAAUAAAGAUUAUAUUUAUGUAAA